UUGGGUGGUUCAGGAGUUGGAUUUUUGGUCCUUUUGGGCUAUAUAUAAAGUGUUGGCCUGAGUUUUUUGUCUUCACUUCACCCCCAAAAUGGCAGCUCAGUCUGGUUGCUCUGCUCCGGUUGUGCCAUCUCUGCCGCCGCCAACUCCAAAGUCGCCACCGCAGUACCCAGAUUUGUAUGGCAAGCGCAGAGAAACCGCCAGGGUUCAGAUGCUUGAGAGAGAAAUUGGCUUUCUUGAGGAGGAACUAAAAUCUAUUGAACGCCUACAACCUGCUUCCAGAUGCUGCAAAGAGAUUGCUGAUUUUGUGACAGCUAAUCCAGAUCCGUUAAUACCUACAAAUCGAAAGAAACGACGAUCGUGUCGGUUUUGGAAAUGGCUCUGUGGAAUGCCCUGCUUUAGCUUGUCAUCGAUUUGCUGUUGCUUCUGUUGUGAUGGGUGCCCUCUUCACCUAGAAAUGCCACGCUGCUCCUGUUGCGGUUCAUGCAGUGGCUCAUGCAGCAAUUCGUGUUGCAGUAGUUCAUGCUGCGGUUCAUGCAGUGGCUUAUGCUGUGGUCCAUGUAGCUGUAAAUCAUGUUUCAGUUGCCCGUCACUACCAAAGUGGCGAUGUUGCUGCUCAUGUCCCAAAUCCGACUGCUGCAAAAGUAAUUCAUGUUUGUGCAAUAAAAAUUGCUACAGUUUACCAUCGUGUUCGUGUUCGUGUUCAUGUCCCGAUUGCUCUUGUUUGAAUUGUUUCAAAUGGAAAUGCUCUUGUCCUAAAUGUCCAAAGUUACGGCCUUGUUGCUGUUGUAAAAUAACCUGCUGCAAUCCCUGCAGUAUCUGUUUGUAG